AUGCAGGCUAUUAAAUGCGUUGUCGUCGGUGAUGGGUGAGUAUGUACGGCUUAUGAAAUUUACAACAUAAACACACAUCGAUGUAGCAUCGUGCUAGUUCACAGAUCAAAGCUCUAGAAAACUAUCAAAAUACCGUACUGGUACUUCACAGGAGGCUUUAGUCCGUAUCCUGACGUUUUAUUUUGAUGUAAAACGGAGCGUAUCUAAAGCUUUUUGGGAAAGAAGUUCGAAAUAUGCCCAAUAUAGUUUGGCAUUUUCGAACGCCGAAUUGUUGGUUAAUCAGGAAAUACCGUAUAUGUCAGCUAAAACUUGUUUGACAACCGUUGUUUGGGCUUCUUGUAAAGAAUUAUUAACAUACUAAACUAAUGCAUUUGUUUUUCGUAUUUCCACAGAGCCGUGGGGAAAACUUGCUUGCUAAUAAGCUACACGACAAACGCUUUCCCGGGCGAAUACAUCCCAACAGUGUAAGUCUGAAAAUAUGACACAAUUUUAUGUAAUCAAACAUAAACUUACUUUGUGGCAAUAUGGCUACUUUUUGAUGUAUUAGAUCAGUGAUUUACGCCCAGGUUUUUGUAAUUUUAUUACGUAGAUUUGAUAACUAUUCAGCGAAUGUUAUGGUGGAUGGCAAACCUAUAAAUUUGGGACUUUGGGAUACUGCGGGUAUGUUGUAAUAUUUGUCGAGCAGAAAACUUUGUAUUUACAUUCAGUUUUUGAUAACUAAGCUUGUAUUUGUUGCAUUUUGGGGUUUUAUUUGUUAGUUUGAAUGAGAGCGAAGCGACAAUCGUAAAUAUAUGCUGAUGUCUCUUCCUCCCUUCCGGUGUAUUGUAGCUUUUGUUUUCGGAAAAAAAACUGUAAAACAAUGUCGUAAAAGACAGUUCCCAAUACUAUUUCAAUGCAAAGUGCAGGCAUUUCCUCAUGGAAUAUUAAUUUGUAUAUUAUAUGUUAUGAUGUAUAUUAAUAUGUUUUUAAGAUCUAAAUUGUUUUUAGAUUGUUUACAACCUUUUAUGGGUCUGCCCAAGCAUGUUUUGGACUAAAUCCCAAAUAUUCGAGUAGAACUGGAGGCUAUUUGUAUUGGAUAGGCAGACAGCCACCCCUCUCCCCAAGAAAACUAUUCUGGCUUGUCACAUAGCAAUAUAUAGUAUUCACAUAAUCUUGAUUGUCUUCCAAUGUCUGGUUGGGAUUGUGUACUAUAUGGUGUUACUAUAAAUCAUCGUUUGUAGUGCCCUGUAAUACAGAUAAUUAUAUAAACAAUCAAUAAUUUGAUUAUUUUUUUCAAGAGAAUUUGACAAUCAGAUUUUACUAGCAUCAUGCUCUGAUUGGUUAAGUUGAUUUAGACUACGUUCACGCUACAUCGGAGUGGUUUGAAAACAACACGGAAGGUUGCAAUAAGCUGUCGCAUUGAAAACUAUGUCAGAGCGAAAUUGUUUGAAGCCGUCACUUUGCUGUAACAAUUUGCGCACAGUUUCUAAUCAGAGGGAAAUGAAAUCAUAGCGUUUUUGGUGGUUUCAUGUGAACACAAACGCUGUUAUACCUUUUGCACUGCUUGCAAACCAAGCAUCUUGGAUCUCAAAACAGUAAAUUUGAAAGCUGUUUGUUAAAAUUUCUUUACUCUAUUUGAAAUAUUUUGGGUUUACAUGAGUGCAAAGUUAAUUUGUGAACAACUGGAACGACGAAGUGUCACACACACAUAAAUUCUGUUGGCAUUAUUUUGUUCUGGUGUGGCAUGAACAUAGUCUUAGAUUCAAGUGAGGGUACAUGCUUUAAAUCUGUAGUAAUGUUCAUAUCUUUACUUUCAACAGGGCAAGAAGAUUAUGACAGACUUCGACCGUUAAGCUAUCCACAAACGGUAAUUUAUUAAAGAUAGGAAAUUUAUAUCCAUGUCCAGACAAAUUAUAUUUAUUAGAUGAUGCCAUGCCUGUACAGUUGAUCAGUUUUUCAGCUUGCUUGCUGUGGACCCAUACAGAAUAGCAUCAUCUUAUGUGCACAAAUAAACACUUGGUUUUAAUGUGUUUUAAUGUUUUAAAAGCAAUUUUCAUUUAUUGUGGUGUUCUUCAUUACAGGAUGUAUUUCUGAUCUGCUUUUCGCUUGUCAGUCCUGCGUCGUUUGAGAAUGUCCGGGCAAAGGUAAAGAUACAAUAACAUGACUGUGUAUUGCACCAGAGGUGGAUCUGACCUGAUUUGAUAGAUGGGGUGGAGGUUUUCCAGAGGGAGUGUAUUACUACCCGGUCCAGGGACAUUCUUCCCCAGAACAUUUUUGAAAUUUGAAGCCCUGAAAUGCGAUUUCCUGCAUUCUCAGGACUACGUUUAUCUGUUAACCCAUUAAGCUACAGAGCUUCCCCAUUGACGAGUAAAAUUGUCCAGAUGGCGUUAGACAAGUAAAAAAAAAAUAUGUAGGGUGCACUGGGGUGCGUUGUGGCUCAAUGGGUUAAAUUUAUCCUCACAGUACUUGUAUUUCUGGCAAAAUUAAGAAAGUGCUAUGUUAUAUGUUGACCCGCCCGCCGUAUUGGUGCAGGAAUAUUUUCUCGCGUAUUCGAAAAUCAAUCGUUUCAAAAUAAUAAGUAUUCACAACUGAAAGGGUCGACUCUCUCGGGAAAUUAGUACACACUUAAAAAAGCUCAGGUUGUUGCAAUAAAUAUGAAAACAGGAUUGAACAGCUUUUCGCUGCCCACAUUGUUCACAGUUGUCAACAAUAUUGAACAAUAUUGUUAUACCCGAUUCAGGCUCAACAAUAUUGUUCAAUAUGGUUGACAAGUGUGAACAACGUGGGCAGCAAAACAUGAGCAGCGUCAGCGUUUUUACCAUGUAGGGCUCAAUGCAACUUAAAUUAACAGGUUAAUUAUUUAAAUAAGAAAGCUGUUGAUUCAUAGGUAUGCAAAUACCUGAAAGGUACGAGGAAAAAAUUGAUGUUUCGAGCAAAGGACCUUUGUUGGGAAAUUAGUAGUGGGGCUCGGCAAAAUUACUACCUACACUGGUACAAACUGUUCAAGAUUAACUCUUUCAAUGCAAACAAACUCAACACCUAAAAUCUCAUUUCUUUCUUAAAGCUUGCUUUAAUGUUUGUCUACAAAAGUUGCCUGUAGUUUCUCCCCUCACUUUAUAAUAUUAUCUAACAACAUUUCUAGUAACAAUAUUUAAGCUGGCAUUGUAAUUCUUAACAUGUGCACUAUUUUUUCUAGUGGUAUCCUGAAGUAAGUCACCACUGCCCCAACACACCAAUCGUUCUUGUCGGUACCAAACUAGAUCUUCGCGACGACAAGGACACAAUUGACAAACUUAAGGAUAAGAAAUUAGCACCAAUAACGUACCCACAAGGCCUUCAGAUGAUGAAGGAUAUUGCUGCGGUCAAAUACCUGGAGUGCUCUGCUUUGACCCAAAAAGGUCUUAAAAUCGUUUUUGAUGAAGCGAUCCGAGCCGUCUUGUGCCCAUCACCACAAGUUAGAAAAAAGAAGGGCUGUGCUAUCCUGUAA